UAAGUCACAAGGGUGUGUCACAGAAACUACCCGCUCAGAACUUUGGUUCUUCUUCUCCAAAUCCACAGAAUUUCCUUCAUCUUCCCCAAAUUUACACAGUGGCUCGUUCAUCUUCCCCCAAUUUCGUUAUUCUUCUCUAAAUUCUCCAAAUUCACACAGUGCCUUCGAUCUUCUUCCCAAAAUUCCAAUCUUUCCUCUGGCCGGCACAGCUGCAUUUCCGACCGGAGGGGCGUGAUCCAAACCUGUAUCACCAGCGCUGCCACUGUGCCUAGGCUCCAAUCGUGUCUUUCGUGCUAAACCUAUCUAUGUUUUCUAUGCUUGGAGCAUUUUGGUGUGUGAUUCUUCAGUGACACACGUGUCCAAGGAACUGUAAGGGAAUUAGUUUAGAGUCCUUCACUGCACUCUGCACUCUGAGAUUCUCUCAGAAAAUGGAGAUACUAGCACGCAUUAUCAUUUCACUUUGCGCUCUCUCUUUCUUCUCAGUUUAUUGUUCUCAAUAUCUAGCUUCAGAUAGGUCACAACUUCCCCUGUUCGCGUUUAGUUGGUGGGAUGACAAGGGCACAUUCCAGGCCGGUGACACAGCAACAAUCAAAGUAAAAGUGCUUGAGAAUGCUGAUAAGAUUGACAGAAAAGUUUUCAAGCCCACACUAAGUGUGAAUGGAAAGGAAGGGAAUAGUUCCUACGUGUCUACUGUGGUGUCAGAUUUCGAAGGAGACCCAAAUGAAUGGAAGAUCUUCUUCACCCCCAUAAGGGUUGGAUUGUUUAAUGUACUCAUCAGUGAGGAGCGUUAUAAACUUGAUGAUUCAUCUUUGCAUUUCCAAGUUGAACCAGGGAACAUGUACCCUUCUGUGUGCGUUGCAUCAUGGAAGGGUGUGAGACAUGAGUAUGAAGCUGGUUCAAAAGCUACGCUUAUGGUGCUACUUAAAGAUGCAUUUGGGAACAGUAUCUCUAAGAAGACACAAGUUUCCUAUUUGCCUGAUUUUAAGAUGUCUGUUUUGCAUGAAAAUGGUUCUGUUGCAAGUGCUCCUGAUAUCUUUAACAUGGGGUGGAUUGAGUUUGAUUAUAUAGUCAUUGAGUUUAUUGUGACGAAAGCUGGAAAGUUCUCAUUGAGCUUAGAAGGAGGAAAUCAAACCUUGAAGGGUUCUCCAUUACCAUUGAAGGUGAAUCCAGGAGCUAUAGAUGUCUCUAACUGUAUAGCCAAAUGGAACAUUGAAUCUCAUGCAUGGCAAUUGUCUUCCAAGAUGGAAAUCUUUAUACAUCAGUUAGAUAAAUACGGAAAUCUGGUUUCUGGAUUAUAUCCUUUUGAUUCUGAAGUUGUUGAAACUGGCUCAAACUUGUCCAUACCGAUAUCAGAUCUCCAUUUUCAAGAAGUGGAUGCUGGAAUUCAGUUGUUUUCGUUUAGCAAUUUUGAGCCAGGGAACAAUAUAUGAUUCCCAGCAUAAUAAAAGCAUUUCCAACAUGCCAUAUGGUUAUACUGUUUUUAUAGGUUACUGUGAUGGGGUUAAAAGUGUUGUUAAUGGAUCAGGUUUAAAUGAUUCAGUAGCUGGUGUACAGGAAGAAUUCUCUGUGUAUUUGAAUGAUAUCUAUCAAUAUCCUUCCCCUGUUCAAGCAAACAUACUUCAAGUAGUCAUUUUAAGAGAAAAUGACUCGUACAGAAUUAUGCCAGUCGUAUAUGCUGUUCUUGACAGUAAUGGGAGCAGAAUAGCUUCAGGAGUGAGAUAUGACAUGGAAACUGUGCCAUCAUCUUCAAUGGUGUUGAGAAACAAUUCUAAUGGGAGCAGGAGCGGGAGCGGGAGCUUUAUCAUGGCAAGUGAUUUUCGUGUGGAUUACAAUAAACCCUGAGGUCGUCUUAAGGGUGUACGAUUUUUUCAAGCAAAGUCGUUAGAUCCUUACCCAUUGACCGUAAUUAUUUCGCAAUCUAUCCAUUUGCGUAAUAUUCUCGAAAAUCUGUCCUGUCCCGUAAAAAAAAAACUAAAAUUAGAUUCCUUUAUCUUAUCAUAAUGAUUUCCAUAAUCUGUUUAUCAGAAAUAGAAGCAUAGAGGUAUUUUAUUCUGACUUACAAGCUUGUUCUGUCUGCUGUAACAGCCUUAGGAUCAAUCAUUGUCAUUGAAUUUGUUAUCAUAUUCUCUCUUGGAGCCUUGCUUCUGUACUUCACCUGUAAAUGUGCAAUUCUUCUUGCACAUGAAAGAAGAAACAGAGAAGAAAGGUCUUCAGAGCUAUCUAAUUCCCGGAGUUUCCCCACAGCAACUGUAAGUGUGCAUAUAUAGCCAGAUGAAGUACUAAGUGUAUUACAGAACUAUUAUAAUUAUUGUGAGAUUAGUAUGAUAAUUAUUUUGAAAACUACAUGCAAUACAGAAAUAUUUAAGAGUUUGGAAUAAACAUUGCUGGA